AUGGCGACAGGGUCGUCAUCGGAGAGGUCGUUGGAGCAAACACCAACGUGGGCCGUUGCAUUGGUUUGUGCGGUAUUCGUUAUCAUCUCCGUUAUCAUUGAACAUGUGAUUCAUUCAAUUGGCAAGUGGUUUCAAAAAAAGCAGAAGAAAGCAAUGCUUGAAGCCUUGGAGAAAAUAAAAGCAGAGUUGAUGCUGUUAGGGUUUCUAUCAUUGCUAUUAACGGUGGGUACAAAAUAUGUUGCAAAGAUAUGUGUUCCUGAUAGUAUUGGAUACAAGAUGCUUCCAUGCAAAGCCGAACAUUAUGAUGAUGACGAUGAUGGUAAAAAGAAAGAUGGUGGCAAAGGCGGCGACGGCGGUGAUGGUGAUGAUGAACAUCGCCGGAAAUUACUUUUUUUAGCUGAAGAUGUGAUUUUCCGGCGAGUUUUAGCAGCAGCCAAAAAGGACGGUGCUACUUGUGAAAAGGGAAUGGUACCAAUGAUAUCGUAUUCUGCAGUUCAUCAGCUUCAUAUAUUCAUAUUUAUUCUUGCCGUCUUCCAUAUUCUUUAUAGUGUCAUCAUCAUCGUUCUCGGCCUUGCCAAGAUGAAAAAAUGGAAAGCUUGGGAAGCAGAAACUAAAUCUUUGGAGUACGAGUUCACAAAUGAUCCUGCAAGAUUUCGGUUUGCUCAUCAAACCUCCUUCGUAAGACGUCACACUGGACUUUCUACGAAACCCGGAAUUAGAUGGGUGGUGGCGUUUUUCAGACAGUUCUUCGGAUCAAUAUCAAAAGUUGACUAUUUGACUAUCCGUAAUGGAUUCAUAAAUGCACAUUUUGCGCCAAAUAGCAAAUUUGAUUUCCAUAAGUACAUCAAGAGAUCAAUGGAAGAUGACUUCAAGUUUGUCUUGGGUAUAAGUAUUCCGCUUUGGAUGUUCUCGAUCCUGUUUCUACUUCUCAAUGUUCACAAAUGGCAUGCACUCACCUAUCUCUCGUUCGUCCCACUACUGAUUCUUUUAUUAGUGGGUACAAAACUUGAGCUAGUGAUCAUGGAAAUGGCUCAACAAAUUCAAGAUAAGGCAACAAUUGUAAGGGGAGCCCCAGUGGUUGAGCCAAGCAACAAGUUCUUCUGGUUCAAUAGCCCCAAAUUGGUCUUGUUCUUAAUCCAUUUUACUUUGUUUCAGAAUGCAUUUCAAAUGGCGUUUUUCUUGUGGACGGUGUAUGAAUUUGGCAUAAACUCAUGUUACCAUGAGAGCAUAUUGGCAAUUGGUAUUAGAGUUGGAUUGGGUGUGCUUCUCCAUGUCAUGUGUAGCUACAUCACUUUCCCUCUUUAUGCUUUGGUUACACAAAUGGGAUCUCACAUGAAAAGGUCAAUAUUCGAAGAACAAACCUCCAAAGCUCUAAAGAAAUGGCAAAAGGCUGCCAAGGAAAGGAGGAGGUUGCGAGAACUUGGAGAUAGCGGAGGAAGACCAGAUACUUCAAAUUCCGGCAUAAUGAGCAUGGAAAAUACGCCAAGUCGUGGUUCGUCACCAGUUCAUUUCCUUCAUAACAACAAGCACCGAUCAUCCACUGCGGAGAGUGAAAUUGACAUCCCAUCAUCUCCGAGAGCUUUUCCUUCAGAGACCGAACUCUCAGAUACAGAAGGUCCAUAUCAUGCUAGGGAUCAACACAAGAAUCUACAUCCAAAUUUCUCCUUUCCAAAAUCCUAGGGUUUCAAUAGGUACAACAGUUGUGUAGGUUUAUGAUCUUUCAUUUUUAGGGGUAGCACUUUCAC